AUGAAUUUGCAGACCAGGACCAGAGUGCAGGGCUUCUCUUCCUGGCAGAACCUUCCCAGCUCACUCUUACAGACCGGGCUGGCCCACUGUCUCCUACACCUGCUCCCUCUGACGCCUGCUCUCCUAUGCCUGGUCUUCUACACCUGCUCCCCUACACCUGCUCCCCUACACCUUCUCUCCUACACCUGCUCCCUCCAACGCCUGCUCUCCUAUGCCUGGUCUUCUAUAGCUGCUCUCCUACACCUGCUCUCCUACACCUGCUCCCCUACACCUGCUCCCCUACAACUACUCUCCUACACCUGCUCCCCUACACCUGCUCCCCUACACCUGCUCCCCUACACCUUCUCUCUUACACCUCGUCUCCUACACCUGCUCUGCUACACCUCCCCUACACCUGCUCUGCUACACCUGCUCUCUUACACUCUCCUAUACCUGCUCUCCUACACCUGCUCCCUCUUACAUCUGGUCUCCUACACCUGCUCCCCUACACCUGCUCUCCUACACCUGCUCUGGUACAUCUGCUCCCUCCUAUACCUGCUCUGCUACACCUGCUCUCCUACACCUGCUCCGGUACAUCUGCUCGCUCCUAUACCUGCUCUCUUACACCUGCUCUCCUACACCUGCUCCCCUACACCUGCUCCCUCCUAUACCUGCUCUCCUACACCUGCUCCCUCUUACACCUACUCUCCUACACCUGCUCUCCUACAUCUGCUCCGCUACACCUGCUCCCUCCUACACCUGCUCUCCUACACCUGCUCUCCUACACCUGCUCCUUCCUAUACCUGCUCUGCUACACUUGCUCCCUUCUACACCUGCUCUCCUAUACCUGCUCCCUCCUAUACCUGCUCUCCUACACCUGCUCCCUCUUACACCUGCUCUCCUACACCUGCUCCGCUACACCUGCUCCCUACUACACCUGCUCUCCUACACCUGCUCCCUCCUAUACCUGCUCUCCUACACCUGCUCCGCUACACCUUCUCCCCUACGCCUGCUCCCUCCUACGCCUGCUCCCAUACACCUGCUCCCUCCUAUACCUGCUCUCCUACACCUGCUCCCCUACACCUGCCCUUCUACACCUGCUCUCCUACAUCUGCUCGCUCGUACACCUGCCCUCAUACACACUUGCUUCCAUAUACAACUGUUGCCAAACCCGUGCUGACAGCUCAGUCCCCGGCUGGGAUGAAGCGGGAAACCCACGUUUGGCAACUCGGCUGGCUGAUGGUCGGGCCUCUGCUCUCGGAGAGGCCCCUUCCUCGCCGCGACUCGCCCGCUGUCCCCACCCCCUUGCCCGCGGCGCCCAGUGGGAAGCGGGGGCUGGCCUCCCCGAGCCCAGCGCCGGGCUCUGAUUUGCUGAGGGCGUCGGGGAUCGACAGCCUUUGCAGUGCCUUCCAGGAGAGAGAGAGGGAGGAAAAGAGGAAAAAAGUGCAGGGCGCCCAAGGCGAGCCUCCGCCCCUGCUGCUGUUGCUGCUCCUGCUGUGGGCGCCGCUUCCGAGCCGCGCAGCUCAGCCGGCAGAUCUCCUGAAGGUUCUAGACUUUCACAGCCUGCCCGACGGAAUAUCCAAGACCACAGGUUUCUGUGCCACGCGGCGGUCCUCCAAAGGUCCUGAUGUCGCUUACAGAGUCUCCAAGGACGCACAGCUCAGCGCGCCCACCAAGCAGCUGUACCCAGCAUCCGCGUUCCCCGAGGACUUCUCCAUCCUCGCGACUGUGAAAGCCAAGAAGGGCAGCCAAGCCUUCCUGGUCUCCAUCUACAACGAGCAGGGCAUCCAGCAGGUGGGCUUGGAGCUGGGCCGCUCCCCAGUCUUCCUCUACGAGGACCACACAGGCAAACCUGGGCCCGAGGACUACCCCCUCUUCAGGGGCAUCAACCUGUCGGACGGCAAGUGGCAUAGAAUCGCGCUCAGUGUGCACAAGAAAAACGUCACUCUGAUCCUCGACUGUAAGAAGAAGACCACCAAGUUCCUGGACCGCAGCGACCACCCCGUCAUCGACGUCAACGGCAUCAUUGUGUUUGGCACCCGGAUCCUGGAUGAGGAAGUGUUUGAGGGGGACAUCCAGCAGCUUCUCUUCGUCUCAGAUCACCGAGCCGCGUACGACCACUGUGAGCACUACAGCCCCGACUGUGACACCGCGGUCCCUGACACCCCACAGUCGCAGGACCCCAACCCAGAUGAAUACUACCCGGAGGGCGAGGGCGAAGGCGAGGCCUACUACUACGAGUACCCCUACUAUGAAGACCCUGACGACCUGGGCAAGGAGCCCGCGCCCACCAAGAAGCCCGUAGAAGCUGCAAGAGAAACCACGGAGAUCCCCGAGGACCCGGCCCCGACCCCCACGGGCGUCCCUGUCCCGGCACCUAGCGAGAACGUGGGGAAGGAAGAGGACCCCGGCAUCGGGGACUACGACUACGUGCCCAUCGAGGACUACUACACGCCACCCCCUUACGAAGACACCAACUACGGGGAAGGCCUGGAGAACCCCGACCAGCCCACCGACCCUGGCGCAGGGCCCGAGGCUCCUGCCAGCACCGUCGUCACCAACUCCUCCAACCCGGCCCCGGCCCCAGGGGAGGAGAAGGAGGACCCGGAGGGUGAGUUCACGGAAGAGACUGUCAAGAACCUCGACGAGAACUAUUAUGACUCGUACUACGACCCCACGGCCGUCGCCCCCUCGGAGAUCGGGCCGGGCAUGCCAGCCAACCAGGACACCAUCUACGAGGGGAUUGGAGGACCGCGGGGCGAGAAGGGCCAGAAGGGCGAGCCUGCGGUCAUUGAACCAGGGAUGCUCAUCGAGGGGCCGCCGGGCCCAGAAGGACCUGCUGGCUUGCCGGGACCUCCGGGAACUACGGGUCCCACUGGCCAAGUGGGUGACCCUGGAGAAAGGGGCCCCCCUGGACGCCCAGGCCUGCCCGGUGCUGACGGCCUGCCCGGGCCCCCCGGGACCAUGCUUAUGCUGCCUUUCCGGUUUGGAGGUGGUGGUGACGCGGGCUCCAAAGGCCCCAUGGUCUCAGCCCAGGAGUCCCAAGCCCAAGCCAUCCUCCAGCAAGCCAGGCUGGCGCUGAGGGGACCCGCUGGCCCGAUGGGUCUUACCGGGAGACCCGGCCCCAUGGGCCCUCCUGGGAGCGGAGGUCUGAAGGGCGAGCCGGGAGACAUGGGGCCUCAGGGUCCCCGAGGUGUGCAGGGCCCGCCUGGGCCGACUGGGAAGCCUGGGAGACGGGGUCGGGCUGGGAGCGACGGAGCAAGAGGCAUGCCGGGACAGACUGGCCCCAAGGGCGACCGGGGCUUCGAUGGCCUGGCCGGGCUGCCGGGUGAGAAGGGCCACAGGGGUGACCCCGGUCCUUCCGGCCCACCAGGACCUCCAGGAGAAGAUGGAGAAAGGGGUGACGAUGGAGAAGUUGGGCCCAGGGGUCUGCCUGGGGAACCCGGACCACGAGGUCUGCUUGGGCCGAAGGGGCCCCCAGGCCCUCCUGGACCCCCCGGUGUGACAGGUGUGGAUGGCCAGCCGGGCCCCAAGGGCAAUGUGGGUCCCCAGGGAGAGCCCGGCCCUCCAGGACAGCAGGGUAACCCAGGUGCCCAGGGUCUUCCAGGCCCCCAGGGUGCCAUCGGCCCGCCAGGAGAAAAGGGUCCCUUGGGUAAACCAGGCCUCCCAGGAAUGCCCGGUGCCGACGGACCCCCGGGGCAUCCCGGGAAAGAAGGCCCUCCUGGAGAGAAAGGGAGCCAGGGUCCACCCGGCCCCCAGGGUCCACUCGGCUACCCAGGCCCUCGAGGAGUCAAGGGCGCAGACGGCAUCCGCGGUCUGAAGGGUACGAAGGGCGAGAAGGGUGAAGACGGCUUUCCUGGAUUUAAAGGAGACAUGGGCAUCAAGGGUGAUCGGGGAGAGAUCGGCCCACCUGGUCCCAGGGGAGAGGAUGGCCCUGAAGGCCCCAAGGGUCGCGGAGGUCCCAAUGGAGACCCUGGUCCUCUGGGGCCCACUGGUGAGAAGGGCAAACUCGGAGUCCCAGGAUUACCAGGGUACCCAGGAAGACAAGGGCCGAAGGGCUCCCUUGGAUUCCCUGGAUUUCCCGGUGCCAAUGGAGAGAAGGGCGGCAGGGGGACACCUGGAAAGCCAGGACCACGGGGACAGCGAGGCCCGACGGGCCCGAGGGGUGAGAGAGGCCCGCGGGGCAUCACUGGGAAGCCUGGCCCCAAGGGCAACUCAGGCGGCGAUGGCCCGGCCGGCCCUCCCGGAGAACGGGGGCCCAACGGAGCCCAAGGACCCACGGGGUUUCCUGGACCAAAGGGCCCCCCGGGCCCCCCAGGCAAGGAUGGGCUCCCAGGACACCCUGGACAGAGAGGCGAGACUGGCUUCCAAGGCAAGACUGGCCCUCCAGGCCCUCCAGGAGUGGUCGGCCCUCAGGGCCCCACGGGAGAGACGGGUCCAAUGGGCGAGCGAGGCCACCCUGGGCCCCCUGGCCCUCCUGGUGAGCAGGGACUCCCUGGCCUUGCCGGAAAAGAAGGCACGAAGGGUGACCCAGGCCCUGCUGGCCUCCCAGGAAAAGACGGACCCCCAGGAUUACGCGGCUUCCCUGGGGACCGAGGGCUUCCUGGUCCAGUGGGAGCUCUUGGACUGAAAGGCAGCGAGGGCCCCCCUGGCCCGCCAGGCCCUGCGGGAUCUCCAGGAGAGAGAGGCCCGGCCGGUGCUGCAGGGCCCAUCGGCAUCCCGGGGAGACCUGGGCCCCAGGGACCCCCAGGGCCGGCUGGAGAGAAAGGGGCCCCUGGCGAGAAAGGCCCACAGGGGCCAGCUGGCAGAGAUGGCCUCCAGGGUCCCGUGGGACUCCCCGGUCCUGCUGGCCCCGUGGGCCCCCCUGGAGAAGAUGGGGACAAGGGAGAGGUUGGAGAGCCCGGGCACAAGGGGAGCAAGGGCGACAAAGGCGAGCAGGGUCCUCCCGGGCCUACAGGUCCUCAAGGCCCCAUCGGACAGCCAGGCCCCUCUGGAGCCGAUGGUGAGCCGGGGCCUCGCGGACAGCAGGGCCUGUUCGGGCAGAAAGGUGAUGAAGGCCCACGAGGUUUUCCAGGGCCCCCCGGGCCAGUGGGGCUGCAGGGUUUGCCGGGCCCCCCAGGUGAAAAGGGAGAGACGGGCGACGUGGGCCAGAUGGGGCCCCCUGGUCCCCCUGGCCCCCGAGGACCCUCUGGAGCUCCAGGUGCUGAUGGGCCUCAAGGUCCUCCGGGAGGAAUAGGAAAUCCUGGUGCCGUCGGAGAGAAGGGUGAGCCCGGCGAAGCUGGAGAGCCCGGCCUCCCAGGAGAAGGGGGUCCCCCGGGACCCAAGGGAGAAAGGGGGGAGAAGGGUGAGUCAGGCCCUUCUGGUGCUGCUGGCCCCCCCGGACCCAAAGGCCCUCCCGGAGACGACGGCCCCAAAGGCAGCCCCGGCCCGGUGGGUUUUCCUGGAGAUCCCGGCCCCCCUGGCGAGCCUGGCCCUGCGGGCCAGGACGGUCCUCCUGGUGACAAAGGAGAUGACGGUGAACCCGGGCAGACGGGAUCCCCAGGCCCCACUGGUGAGCCAGGCCCAUCCGGCCCUCCAGGAAAGCGGGGUCCCCCCGGCCCCGCAGGCCCUGAAGGCAGACAGGGAGAAAAAGGAGCCAAGGGAGAAGCUGGGCUGGAAGGCCCUCCUGGGAAGACUGGCCCCAUCGGUCCCCAGGGGGCUCCCGGGAAGCCCGGGCCCGAUGGCCUGCGAGGAAUUCCUGGUCCUGUGGGUGAACAAGGUCUCCCAGGAUCUCCAGGCCCAGAUGGCCCCCCUGGCCCCAUGGGUCCCCCAGGACUCCCUGGCCUCAAAGGCGAUUCUGGUCCCAAAGGUGAAAAGGGUCACCCAGGCCUGAUCGGACUCAUCGGACCUCCUGGGGAACAGGGUGAAAAGGGAGACCGCGGCCUUCCUGGCCCCCAGGGCUCGUCUGGCCCCAAGGGAGAGCAGGGUAUCACUGGUCCUUCUGGCCCGAUCGGGCCUCCCGGGCCCCCAGGCUUGCCGGGGCCUCCGGGUCCAAAAGGUGCCAAGGGCUCCUCGGGUCCAACUGGCCCGAAGGGUGAGGCAGGCCAUCCGGGCCCCCCUGGCCCACCGGGCCCCCCAGGUGAGGUUAUCCAGCCCCUGCCGAUCCAGGCGUCCCGCACUCGGCGGAACAUCGACGCCAGCCAGCUGCUGGACGACGGGAACGGGGACAGCUAUGUGGACUACGCGGACGGCAUGGAGGAGAUCUUUGGCUCGCUCAACUCCCUGAAACUGGAGAUCGAGCAGAUGAAGCGGCCACUGGGCACGCAGCAGAACCCCGCGCGCACCUGCAAGGACCUGCAGCUCUGCCACCCCGACUUCCCUGAUGGUGAAUAUUGGGUCGAUCCGAACCAAGGAUGCUCCAGGGAUUCCUUCAAAGUCUACUGCAACUUCACAGCUGGGGGCUCCACCUGCGUCUUCCCUGACAAGAAGUCAGAGGGGAGUAAAAUGGCCCGCUGGCCCAAAGAGCGGCCUUCCACCUGGUAUAGUCAGUACAAGCGAGGUGCCUUGCUCUCCUACGUGGACUCUGAGGGCAACCCCGUGGGCGUGGUGCAGAUGACCUUCCUGCGGCUGCUGAGUGCGUCCGCCCACCAGAACGUCACCUACAACUGCUACCAGUCGGUGGCCUGGCAGGACGCCACCACGGGCAGCUACGACAAGGCCAUCCGCUUCCUGGGCUCCAACGACGAGGAGAUGUCCUACGACAACAGUCCCUACAUCCGCGCCCUGGUGGACGGCUGCGCCACCAAGAAGGGGUACCAGAAGACAGUCCUGGAGAUCGACACCCCCAAGGUAGAGCAGGUUCCCAUCGUCGACAUCAUGUUCAAUGACUUCGGGGAAGCGUCCCAGAAAUUCGGAUUCCAAGUGGGGCCGGCUUGCUUCCUGGGCUAGGAGCUGCCCAACCCGGUCUCCGAGCAACUCGUGACCUCAGCGCACCGUUCGUGAGUCCUGUGCACGUCCCCAUCCUGGACAGUGACGGUCCUCGCUCCCUCCCGCCCAACCUUGUCACGCCUCGGCCUGCACGGCGCUGGGCCCCAAGCCCAGAGAGCACAUGUGGAAGGGGCGGGCCGCCCGGAGCUGAAUCACAUGACCUAGCUGCACCGUGUCCACAGCGCACGCCCGGCAGGACGCGGCCCCGGCCCCCCGUUGUUCACAGGGAGCUGCAGGGUGGGCUGGGGCAGCGCCGUUUGGACAUCACUCUUUUUCUAAUUCGACUUGAAGACGUGUAUUCCCCUGACCUUCAGAAAGCGUUCCGUGGCAAGCCUUAUAAAGGUCAUCCGCCAUCGCCGAAGCCUCCGUCUUUAACAACCCUCUCACGAUCGGCUGAGAGGCCAAAUGUCACUGCGCGUGUGCCUUCCGACGGAUUAAAGGUGCUGCUUUGCUGUGGGUCUGAGUAAACACCGCGUCACGGCGGUACACGUGUCUGCGUGCCGGUGCCUUCCGUCGUGUGGAAGCCCAGCCCCGGGAGGACGGCACGGGCAGGCCUGGAUUCGGGCUGCAAGCCGGCUCUGGGCCAUCUCCCCACCCUGCCCCAUCAAGAACGUGCAAUAAAUUGGAAAUUUGCCAGGUCGUCAGGGGUUCCUGUUGCCGUUGAAAACGCAGGUGCCAGCGCCCCUUUUCAGCUAGGCUGGGAUUAGCUCUGGAUUUGUUUUUUUAUGGGGAGGAAGAAAGAAUUCCGAUACUUGCCUUUUCUACAUGCACUUAGAUUAAAACAUAGGAUAAAUUAAUUUUAAUUGCUUCCUUUUUCCAUGUCCCUUCCUGCAGAGCCUGAUGGGAGAAUGCCCAGGGCAGGGAGCCCACGUUCUCUGUAGACCAUAACUAAUGAAUAUUGGUGCUUCUUUUUUACACUCCUCUUCCGUGGUGCUAUCUGUUUUAAGAUCUAGCAGCAACGCUGGGUGCCUGGUGUGCCUCCUCCCGGCUUCCUUCCCCUGGCUGUGCUGCCAGAGACUUCCAAGGACGUUGGGACACACGCACCGCCGUCCCUCCCCGGGCUCUCACUCUGCACUCAGCCGUGGCGCCCCCUCUGACUAGCCGUGGCAUCGCAGUGUGCUCACACACUUCCUGCAUUGUACAUGCGUAGCCAUAGCAGAUCGUACUCGGUUGCUGUUUGUGGUGCUAAUUUCUGUGUUUGUCCCAAGAACUGAAUCGAAGCCUCUCAGAGGUCCCAUGGCUCCAUCGAGGCCAUCCCGGGAGACAAACACGUGCAGUCAACUCUGCUCGUCUUCCCGGGCUGCCAGCAGCGCUGCGUUCCCGUCUGCGCCAUGUGGGUGUCCGUCGGCAAGUGUCCCGGACGCCGGCCAGCUGCCUGGGGACUUGGGGCGGGGAGCUCCCUCUGGGUGGCAUCUCUUCCCCUCACUGCUGUCCCGGGCGAGGGGGCUGCCUCUGUAGCAGGAGGGCCUGAGGGACUGUGGGGGAAGGCAAGCCCUUUACUGUGAAAAGCUGCCGUGUGCAAUGCCCUUUCCUGCCCUGUGGGAAAGGCGAGGGUGCCCCGGGCUGCCCCCCAUCGGAAUGUGGUUCCAGCAAAGCAGCCCGGGGAAGGAAACCACCAAUGCCCACUUCCCGAACUGCCCAGAAAACGAGUCUUGCUCUUGCCAAAGAAAGUCUGGCUUGGAGGUUGUCCAGAAGCCAGGCCGCCAGCACGUGCCAGCGGCUCACGUUCAUCUCUGCAGAAGAAAAGCCAUACCCGAGAACCGUCACAGGAUGCCCUAUGGAUUUUGUCUAGGUCAUGUGAUUCUGUUUUGAUUUCUCACCCCAUCCAAUUUGUCCUUCGACUGUCAUUUUCUCCCUCUGUCAGUCCCCUCAAAGUCGUUGUAAUUGUACUGAAGUUCAAAACGUGUCCCAUUCCCAGACACUUUAGCUAUGGUAUAUUGCAAUAAAAGUACUUCUUAUAUUUGCAGAA